CAUAAGGCAAUACUCACAUCGACCACUGCCUCCGUAUCUGCUCGCACGUUCCCGCUCUCGCUCGCGCUGAUGGAUCUCCUCCGCCUCUCGCUCCAAGCGUUCACGGUCCUGCUUUGCCUGCUCAUCUUUCUCGCGCUGUUCCUUGAUCUCUUGUGCACGUUUGCUUAUAGCAAGCUGCGCGCGUUGUUCCUUAGUCAGGAACCUGGGCUAGACCUCUUUCUCCUCCUUCUGUUUCUGAAGUAAGCUCUCGAUGGACAGCGGCUCUGCCCUAGUGCUCGCCAUGGUGGAUGAUGCAAAGCUGGAUGUGAAGCGUAAAGUCGUGAGCGGAGAAGACGUGCGCACUGCGCAAGAUGCAGGCGGGGCGCUCGAUCAAUCACGCGCGCUCGCGCCCUUUUCCAUUCUGGGAAAUUUAUGGCGCUGUGCAGAAUUAUUUCCAAAGAAUGUCUGGUUUCGACUCGUCACGUCCGGAGUCCCCGGAACCCGAAUCACGGCAGGGGCGCAGGAACGGCACGGACGGUGUCCAGUUGCUUGAUGAGGACGGCGCCAUUUCAGAGCAGUUGGAAGCCUGCUUGAAGCAUAUUUUCGCAAAAUACUGCACGCCCCGACCCGCUCCUCCGCCAAAAGGCUUUACGCUCCUCUCGCCUCCAAAUGACGCGUAUCUCACAGCAGAGGGACUGGACAUGUGGGCACGAGAUACCAAUGGUGCUCCAUUUGACGAUGCUACGAAAGGAGAGAUAUUGGAGUUCAUGGAUGUGACGGACAAUGGUGACCUGACAUUCAAAGGAUUUAUCCAAGUAUAUCAGUUACAGACGGAGAAUGAUGAAGAGGAGACAUGGAGGGAUCUGUCAAGCCAUGGGUUCGACCGAACGCUGAAACUGGUAGCGACUCGCAGUGAAGACACUUCUGCUGAUGAUGUGGUUCGUUGACAAUCGGAUAUUGUCGCUACGCCCUGCAGUCUUCUGACAACUAUUAGUCCAUCGGACAGUCAAAAUUACAGCACGAACCUGCUGAAGGGCGAUAGACUUGGCAGAU